AUGCCGAAGCUCAGUAACAAGCAGUACAUGGGACUGCUGACAGUCCACGAAGAGAAUCUUCUGGACCUCGGCAAGUGCAAAGAUCAGCCUGGCUGGUUCCAGAAACAAGUCUACGAUGCCAUGUGUAAAGCUAUUCAACAGAAAUUGAAUUUGAAAUUAACACCCAUAAGCUUGAGAAGUCAUAUGGGAAAGCUGAGGCAACGAGUUGAGAGGAAAGUCAACAACGCCGCAAUGUGAGUUCACAUUACAUUUAUUUUAACCCCUACUCUCGAGAUACGUCUUAUUUUACUAUCUUUUUUAGUAAAACCGGCUCCACUGAAGAAGAUGUUCUCUCCAGAUCGGCUGGUUUCACUCCCGUAGAAGCCAAGUUAUACCGAUUGUUAACAGACAAGGAGAAGCCCUUGACUCUCCUUGACAAUCACGAUGACAUCUUCAAAGCUGAUGGGAAAGAACCGGCCAAACCAGUGGGAUCUACACCGAGAAAACGGCCACGAAAAGAGAAAACCGACAAAGAAAUCACGGAAAAUGCGGGAGAAAGCCAUAGCGAAUCUCCAAAACAAGAGCGACUUCAGCCAUCCGAGCCUGAGGGAAACAAUGUGGAUGUUUAUAUGGACACGGUAAGAACUUACCAAUUUCUUGGAGGAAAAGAGUUUUUGAAUUUGUUUUAAAAGUCUGGCUAGCCAAAUGUGAUUCUUACAAUAGAUUUUUAGGCAGAGAAUUGAGUUGUUUGGUCAAAGCAUGGUGAAAUUUUUGGUGCAAAAAUUCUCCGUAAUAUGACAAAAAGUGUUUUUGGACAGUUUUCUCAAUAAUUUUUAACACCUUUUCGGAUAUAAUUGAUAAAUCUUAUAUCUAAAAGUACGAUUUGUAUCUGCUUUAUGAAUGCUUAAAUAAUUCUGACGGCAGGAACCAAAACGUAUAUCAAAUAAUUGUCAAUCAUUUAUGGGGUUUCAGAUUGAACGAGUGGCCCAAAUGGGACGUCUGGCCCCGACUUCUGAAGUUUUAGAGGUUCAAAUCCCUCCGCCCGCCAAGAAGAUCAAGAAAUCCGACUCCGCAGAGGCUCCUUCCAGAUCUCCAAAGUCCAAAAAUGUAAGAGAAACGUAUAUAUUUUUUAUAGUUCUAUCCUAAAGUUUUGUUUUUUAUUUUUUUUCACCGAUUCCAAUUUCCAGAAUAAGAAGAAAAAGAACCCACAAAGCGAGCCGUUGCCGGCCUUCGAACUCUUCACUCAUCCAGACGAUGAACCCACUGAAGUCAGUUUAUCCAAACAAAAACAGCAAUUAAUCCAGACACAGAAGUUGCUGGCCGAGAAGAGAUUACUUUUGGAGAGUCGGCAAGCCGAGGUGCUGCAAUCACAGGCCCGGUUUUACGACGUAAGUGAAAUAGAAAAAUUAGUGUUUUAACUUGUUGGUUUUGGAUGUGGAACUAUUUUUUGCGUGACAAAAUCACAGCAACGCUUUUUAUUACAUUCAAAAAUUUUUUUAUGUAGUUAAAAAAAGUUCAAUUCUUCGGUGUUAUUUAAAAUUUCUGAAAAAAAUCACAUUUUUGAGAAGCCUAAUAUUAAUUGAAUUUUUGAAGUCUUUUUAAAUUAGUGAAACAAAAAAUUCUGAUUUUAAUUUUAAAUCUUAGCAAAUGCUACACAAGACCUUCGUUAAGGUUAGUAGCCAACCUUUUGCCCCCUGAGGCCCUAAACAAGGAUUAAAUAACAAAUUUUGUUUUCAGGCGUGGGCCGGGCUGGCCCAAACCGUGUCCAGCUUCUUCCGCCUCCUUCCCAUUCCUCCACCCAUGCCUCAAGCCGUCUAA